AUGGCGCAUACAGCUCCAUCGCGCACUCGAGCCUCAAUGGCGCCAUUAGUUUCCAAUGCUGGUCGAAAACGGCGUCAUAUACCUCAAGAUUCAUCCUCAUCGGAUGAAGAGCAAAUAUUGGUGAGAGAUACGCGUCGACGCCGUGGAAAACGGCAGCAAGCUAGCGCCAUUCUGGACGAGUUUACGAGUUUGGAUGCACUGUUAAGCAAUGACCUAGCAGAGAAGAACAAACGAGAGAAUCGCGAGCGCAGAAUGAGACUUUUGCGUGAAGAAAGUGAAACGAUGGAUAAAGACGCGCCGAUAGGGAAAAUUAUAAGCAGCAUGGAUUCUAAUAUGUCAACACUUUCGGGUGAUAACUACCUUUUCGCACCUCCAGAGAUAAUAGUCUCGGAGGAAAAGUUUGGCUACGUCUUUACGCCAAUCACCGAGCCACUGCCGUACCGCACUUACAGAGCAACAGAGUCCGAGCUAAAGAGCGAUCUUAAUCUAAUUUACAAAACCAUGCAAUCUACCGAUUCUACAGAGCUCAGUGGCUUAGUUUGGUCCAAAUCUAUCUUGAUUCGCUGCAUGCUUAAGCACCAGAAGGAAAUGACUAGUCAAGCGUCUGCGACGUCACCAAUUGUCGUGCCUCCGAAAAUUGGGUCGUGGUUAUUUUUAACGAUGUCAUUUCACAGCUGUGGUCAUGUGGUUGGAGGAUGCUUUAGUAAUCUUUUGCUAAUUCAUAGCUCUGGACAAAACAUGCCGUUCACAAAAUUGAUCUCAGCGCUUCCUGUGGCGUGUUUUGCGCAUACGAUUGAGAGUUUUUGGCCGAAAUUCGGCGAUAAUCCUUCUUUCCAAAUGGAAUGGAAGCCGACAAUAUAUGAUUUUCUCAACGCCUUCCGUGCUUACGGCUUUCAAGACAGCAAACGAUCGAUGAGUGUUAAAAGCAAGAUUCCUGUAACGCCUCCUGCAACAAAUUUGCAUUUGUUUCCAUUUCCAACUGUGAAUAUGCAGUAUGUGCUGACAUAUUUAGUGCUCUGUCUACGGACAAUGACGCUGACUUUGGAAGGUUACGACGCAUUCAGUUUUACAAUGUUUUUCUUGCGCAUGCAGUUUGAAAGCACCAUACAUGCUAGUAUUGUUGAACUGGCUACUGUCUGUAUCGAAGAACUACUGGACGUGUUUCCUCGAACUGAGUGGCGAACGGAAUGGGCACCACAAUUAGUGCUUCGCAUUGCAGGUUCAAACGAAGGCUUGUUUGAUUCCGCAGCCGGCUGGCUUGCAGUUGCACGUCGACUUCCGCGUACAUUGCGUGGCACCCAGCUAACGACAGGACUGGCUGUUUAUGUUCUGCAACAUCGAAUCGACAAAGUGCCUUUGGAAGGGGCAAAAUCUGAAAAUCCACUUAAGUUACCAAUCCAAAGUGGACUUGUCGUGGAUAUUGUUGCGGGUAUUGUGGAGGAUAUGACGCAGAAAUAUGUGGAAACACGCAAGAGUAUCAAGGAUUUAAAAAAGUCGCCGCCAUUUGAUCUAUUGUGCAAAAAAGUAGCCUUGAUGGAUUUGGCGCUGCAGGCAUUUCUUAACAUUCUCACUCCAAAUGAAAUGAACAUCAUGCUGGGUAAGCUUGACCGGCUGGCUGACGCACACAAGUCGACUAUGUCAUCGAAAUGGCACGAACUUAAGACAUUAGUGAGUCUUAUGCACCGCAAAUACUCGUUGGAAAACUUACGCAUCGGCCGCCAUCGAAUUUUAUCACCCUCUGCGAAAACAGUGCUGUCGUUCGGUAAUGAUGAGUAA